GCUGUGGCGGCUGAGGCGGAGCCGGGCGCCAAGCCAGGGUGGCUCCAGGCGCGGCCGGGCUAGCCCGUGGCGUCGUCCCUCCUGGCCAGAAGCGCCGCUCGCCGCCCCGCUGCGCCUUGUGUGCGCGCAGGCGGGAGUGACUCGGCGGAGGUGCGCGGCUCGGCGCGGGCUGCAGGUGGUGGUGGCGGCGGCAGAACCAGCAGCAGCGCCAUGAGCGGGACUGGGGCGGUGGCCAACGCCACUGCCGCUUCUCUGGUGGCGGGCAAGAGCGAGAAACUGGACGAGGCGCAAGCGCUGGCCCGCAGCUGCGCCGGGAGACCCGACUUCCAGCCUUGCGACGGGUUGUCGCUGUGCACCACGCACAGCCACGGGCGCUGUUUCCGCCUGCACUGGUGCUGCCACCUGGGCUGGUGCCACUGCAAAUAUGUCUAUCAGCCUAUGACUCCAGUAGAACAACUUCCAAGCACAGAAAUACCUGUUCGGCCUCGGGGAACCACAAACACCAUUCAGAUAUCUGUCUCGCUCACGGAACACUUUUUGAAGUUUGCACCUGUCUUCCAGCCACCAUUACCCCCAGAUUCCCCACGGUUCUGCACAAUCUCAGACCUCUUUAUUGACAAUUACCGUGUGAAAUGCAUCAAUGGGAAGAUGUGUUACGUGCAGAGGCAACCUCCAGCUCCCCCCAAUAAAACGAAGCCUCAGGAGGUCACCACACGCAAUGCCUUAAUUUUGAGAGAGAAUAAUACACCAAAAAUAGAUCAUUGCUCUUCCCCCUCCAGCUCUGAGGACUCUGGGAUCAAUGCUGUUGGGGCUCACUAUAUGGAGUCAUGUGAUGAGGACACAGAGGAAGGGGCGGAGCUAAGUUCAGAAGAAGAUUAUAGUCCAGACAGUAGCUGGGAACCGGAUGAGUGUCCCCUCCUAUCACCCUCACAAUGCGAACUAGAAGUGAUUGAGACCAUAGAAACCACAGUGUGAAGUGCUGAGCUGGAAACUAGCUAGGCAUACUUAAAACAAUACUGGUUUUCUAGCAUUUAUACUAGCUUUUUUCUGACAGGUCCUUUUUUCCAAUGCACUUGACAACCCACAGAGGAAUGUAGUUAACAGUAUUAGUCACUUGUGAAUUAGUUGUUUGAUCCUAAUCAAACCACUGAAUUUCCAAGAGCCCUAUUGCAUAUUUUUAAAGUUACAGAUUUGACGUAUUUUUUAGUUCUAGACUGCGCCUGAUUUUGGUAUGGUGAAGUUAAUUUGCAAAAAUCAGGUCAAAUUGUGAGCUGUUCCUAUUAGUUCCAAAUUACUCCUUCAGAGCAAGGAGGCAGCCUUUCAUCAGCACACCAAAUGUUUGGGUGAACAAAGCCCUUCUUUAGUGUUUUUUAUUUCAUGUAGGAGACCAAGACCCAUGUCUCUCACCACAAGUUCUGCAGUCAGUGUACCCCCUUUUCAAAUAACCUGCAUGCACACCACCCUUUUGCAAGCUGCAUAGUAACUCAGGGGGUUCCCAGAAUAAGCACAAUAUACCUUUAUUAAUCAUAAUCCUGUUGGAAAAGAAUGAUAAAGAAUUUAAAAUCUUUGUAGGUUGAGUUGUUACACUGCCAAUUGACCAACUUCAUUUGGUCUUCAGUCUGACUUAAAUUGAUUCAUGUGUUACCAACUGAGGCCAAAUUGGACUGGGUUGCAAAGGUAUGGCAUAGAUUGAAGAGCUUCUAACCUGAAAUAGGUUCAUGAUGUCAAACUUUGUUUUUCUCUCUCCAAACCAGCCAAAUGUUUUUGCCUGGGGUUUGAACACACCCAUGGCAAAACUGAUUAUGUGAAUCUGCCCUUGCCAUCUGCUCAUGGCAGACAGCUGUCACGAGUCCAUUAUUUAGAAAAGUCUGUCCAGCUGAUCAGUGGUAUACCAGCAGCUUCUGUAAAAAAUAAACAAAUCACCCAACCCUUUCUGCUGUGCAUAUGUUCAAUACAUGUACACCUGAACUUAAUUUCAUAAGUCAAAUAAUUGUGCAUGAAUUGACAUGGAUGGUAGAAACCAGCUCAGUACUGUAAUAGGGGUGCAAAGGUUUUGUUUGACUUACUGCUCUAUUGAUUUCUUCUUACUCUGAGCCAGUAAUGGUUUAAGAUUUAAGUUUAGUAUUGGGUCCAAAUUAAUAUCAGUUUGGAUAAGGGCAACAUUCCUGCUGGGUUGGACUAUGGCUCCUCCCAUGAUAAUUAAGGCAAGAGAAAAAAAACUUGUCCAGACGUGGUUGGCUCAAAGGCCAUUUCCAUGCCUCUUAGGUGUCCAGCUAAAAGAGACUAAUUCCAGCUGCUGAAACACUUUGAUUUAAUCAAAGUCUACUUGAAAAAGUUGCAGCUAAUUGGUCAAACUUUUUCUUCCUUUUACUGUGUCCUUCCAAUUCACAUUGAAAGUUCUCGUGUAACAUAUAGAACAGCUGAAAAGUGUACAGUGAGUAAGACAGGUCUUUAAACCCCCUCAUGUAUUUGCAUCUCAGCUUUAGUUGUACAGAGGCAGGUUAUCCUCUGGGGAGAGAUGCUCUGUGAAUCAAUUCAAGCAUGGCGGCCCUUUGAGUCCUAAGGAUUGGGGUGGGUGAAGUUUAGUUUUAGUCAGAAAUAGAUUACACUUCAGGGUCAAGUGCUAAUGGAGAUAUGACAAGACGUCCCAAAACAAUAUGCUGUGACCACAUCGUUUUACUGACAUUGGUCAAAUCACUUUCCGUAAGUCUUGGUGAGAAUGAACAUAUAAAUAUGUACAGAUA